AUGUCUCUCGUGCAGGCGUGCCGCAGCCUGGCUCUCUCAACAUGGCUGCUUUCCUUUUGUUUCGUGCAUCUGCUGUGCCUGGACUUCACGGUGGCCGAGAAGGAGGAGUGGUACACGGCCUUCGUGAACAUCACCUACGCCGAGCCCGGGCCGGGACCCGGGGCGGGCGGCGCGGAGCUGCGCUCGGAGCGCACCGAGUGCGGGCGCUACGGCGAGCACUCGCCCAAGCGCGACGCCCGCGGGGAGGUGGUCAUGGCGCGCGCGGCGCACGAGCGCCUGGCCUGCGACCCCGCCACCGCCUUCGCCGCGCCCGCGCACGGCCGGCCCUGGAUCGCGCUCAUCCCCCGCGGCAACUGCACCUACCGGGACAAGAUCCGCACCGCCUUCCUGCAGAACGCCUCGGCCGUGGUCAUCUUCAACGUGGGCUCCAGCGCCAACGACACCAUCACCAUGCCCCACGCAGGUGUGGAAGACAUUGUGGCCAUAAUGAUCCCCGAGCCAAAGGGGAAGGAGCUAGUGAGCCUGCUGGAAAGGAAUGUCACGGUGACCAUGUACAUCACCAUCGGGACCCGGAACUUGCAGAAAUACGUGAGCCGCACUUCGGUUGUGUUUGUCUCCAUCUCCUUCAUUGUCCUGAUGAUCAUUUCCCUCGCAUGGCUGGUCUUUUACUAUAUCCAGAGGUUUCGAUACGCAAAUGCAAGGGACAGGAGCCAGCGCCGACUUGGAGAUGCAGCAAAGAAAGCCAUCAGCAAGCUCCAAGUCAGAACCAUCAAGAAAGGUGACAAGGAAACUGAGUCCGAUUUUGACAACUGUGCCGUGUGCAUUGAAGGGUACAAGCCCAACGAUGUGGUCAGAAUCCUGCCCUGCCGGCAUCUUUUCCACAAGUCCUGUGUUGACCCCUGGCUUCUAGACCAUCGCACCUGCCCCAUGUGCAAGAUGAACAUUCUUAAAGCCCUAGGGAUCCCGCCCAAUGCGGACUGCAUGGACGACCUGCCCACUGACUUUGAGGGCUCACUGGGAGGACCGCCGACCAAUCAGAUCACAGGGGCCAGCGAUACCACCGUGAACGAAAGCUCAGUCACUUUGGACCCUGCCGUGCGGACGGUGGGAGCCUUGCAGGUGGUCCAGGACGCAGACCCCACGCCCCAAGAAGGUGAAGUCAUCUUUACGACUAACAGUGAGCAAGAGCCAGCUGUGAGCAGCGAUUCAGACAUCUCUCUCAUCAUGGCCAUGGAGGUGGGACUCUCUGAUGUAGAACUUUCCACUGACCAAGACUGCGAAGAGGUGAAAUCCUGAAAUGGUGAAUGUAGAAAACAAAGACAGCAGGACCUGAGGGCAUAGAAGGUCAAGUGCUCUGAGGCAUGGACCAGGCCUACAGCCUUCCAGGCCCCGGGGGCCGCUC